UUCUGUGUGUGAUGCUCACGGAUGGUCCAUCCUUUCCAGACCUUAGAUGACACAGAAGAUGUGUCCCUGGACUUUGGAAAUGAAGAGGAGCUGGCCUUAAGAAAAGGAAAAGUCAGGUACCCGCUGGCCACCUUCUUCCAUCUCUUCUUCCGUGUGAGUGCCAUCAUGACCUACCUCUUCUGUGACUGGUUCAGCAAAAGCUUCAUUGCCUGCUUCCUCAUCAUCCUCCUCCUCCUCUCCUUCGACUUCUGGUCUGUGAAGAAUGUCACUGGAAGACUGCUAGUUGGUUUGCGAUGGUGGAAUCAGAUUGACGAGGAUGGGAAAAGCCACUGGGUGUUUGAAGCAAAGAAGGGCCUGUCUACUGUAGCUUCCCCCACUGAAGUGGAAGCGCGGAUCUUCUGGCUUGGGCUGAUCAUCUGUCCUGCUAUCUGGACCCUUUUCUUUUUUAGCACCUUAUUCUCUUUGAAGUUGAAAUGGCUGGCACUGGUGAUAACUGGCAUCUGUCUCCAAACGGCUAACCUUUAUGGCUACGUCCACUGUAAACUAGGGGGAACCACGCAAACCAUCUGCAAAGUCACCACGCGCUUCCCAGCGCAGGAGAUCUUCCAAACGGAAUCAUCGGAGGAGUGUCAGAAAAAGGUCCUGAAGCAUCUAGGGACGCAAAGCCAUUAAAACAAGGACGUCUGGGAAGUCCCUGGUUUCUGCGUUAAACCCAGACAGGCUGCACUUCACUUUAGAAGGGCCAACGCAGCA